AUGCCACCCCUGGAUUUCACCAUGACACCGUGCGAAGCCUGUGGGGAAAUAUCGACGCAGAAUGAGGAGAUGAUUGCUUGUGAUAACUGUGAGCGAUGGUAUCACACUCGUUGUGUAGAUGUUACGGCGGCAGACAAAAAAGGCAAGAAAUGGUUCUGUCCUGAAGAUGUCUGCCAAGCGGCUUCCCAAGACUACCAGAAACGGAAGAAAAUGUCACGGUCGAAGAAUAACGCGGAAGAUUCGGAUAGUUUGACUACGAAAUCCGGAGAACGUCAACAUCCGCCAGUAUCUCCUUCCUUGCAAAAUAAAAUCAAAGAAAUGGAAGUGGAGAAAAAGCGUUUGGAAGAAGAAAUGGACGCAGAAUAUUUACUGAAGGUAAAGGAACUCGAAUUAAGAAAAUCAAUGCGAGAGAAAAAAAUGCGUUUAGAAAGAGACUUGCGUGAAAGGGAGCUGCAGUAUGAUAGAGAGCUUCGUGAGAAGGAAAUCAAAGAAACAAAGUCUCAACAUCGUAGAGAACUUCAGGAAAAGAAGGAUCAUUUAUGCCGUCUGAAGAAGAUACAAGAUCUUCACGAAGCAGAAAUGUCGUUUGUAAAAGAGCAAUUAGAAAAGGUAAAAUUGGAGAACAGUGGAAAAAUGCAGAAAUCAUCGGUUGAUCCACGACAAAGUUCUUCUAAAUUGCAAGGGCGGAAAGGUACGCCAUCGCGUAGUCCGGCGCUUGACAGUAAAAAUCUAACGGUUGAAAAUGAGAUGUCAGAUGAAAAUAAUGAUGACAUUGAUGAUGAAAAUAUCCAGUCAGGACGCUGCGCACAUUAUAUCGAGCAGUACGGUAAUGUUCCGAAUGAUUCCGGUGCAAGUGCCUCAGUAACUUUGAUCGAAAGCAAGUUGGCAGAUCGCUUAGGGCUUUCAGGGGUACAGGAAAAACUCACUAUUAAGUGGACUGCAGAGGUUACACGAGUGGAGAAAGCAUCGAGGCGAAUGAACGUCUGGGCUUCCGCUGUUGGAGCGAGAAAUCAAGGGAAGCUGUUACUGCAAACGGUUCGUACAGUCGAAAGAAUGAUGUUGCCUCAUCAAACGCUAAACGCGAUGCAGUUGGCGUCGAAGUACGAGCACUUACGUGGUUUGCCAAUCGAAUCCUACGAUGGUAGGCCGGAACUUCUGAUCGGUUUAAAUAACAUUCACUGUUUUGCACCGGUAGAGGCGAAAAUCGGUACUACAGUCGAUCCAAUUGCGGUUCGAUGCAAGCUUGGGUGGACGAUCUACGGACCGAGACAAGCAGACUCAUCGUUAGGAAAGAAUUAUCUGGGAUUCCAUCAAGAAGUUUCGAAUGAAGUAAUCCAUGAAAUUCUAAAAAGCCACUAUGCAUUAGAAGAAUCGGUGGUAAACGUUCAGCAGGAAUCGGCUGAGGACAAACGAGCUCGCUCGAUCUUAGAACGGACGACAAAGCGCGUGGGUAGUCGAUUUGAAACCGGUCUUCUGUGGAAUUCAGAUGCCGUAUGUUUUCCUGAUAGUUAUCCCAUGGCUCUCAAACGAAUGAAGCUGCUAGAGAAGAAGUUGGGAAAAACGCCCGAAUUGUUUCAGAACGUCCGUAACCAGAUAACAGAAUAUCGAGACAAGGGUUAUGCUCAUCUAGCCACGGCAGAUGAAUUGAUCGACACUGACGAUAAAAAGGUUUGGUAUCUCCCGCUAAACGUCGUACUGAACCCGAAGAAACCAGGAAAGGUUCGUAUAGUUUGGGAUGCGGCGGCAACUGUGCAAGGAGUUUCAUUGAAUUCCAUGUUGCUGAAAGGACCUGAUCUACUCGUCCCACUUGUGUCGGUGAUAGUUGGAUUCCGUGAACGAAAAAUCGCUUUCGGCGGGGAUAUCAGAGAGAUGUACCAUCAGUUGAAGAUCACUUCGGAAGACAAGCAUGCACAGCGUUUCCUGUUCCGGGAUAGCUGCAAUGAGUCACCUAAAAUCUACGUGAUGGACGUCGCAACAUUUGGGUCGAAGUGUUCCCCGGCAUCGGCGCAGUACGUGAAAAACCGGAAUGCAGAAGAAUAUGCUACUCAAUUCCCGGAGGCAGCGGCAGCGAUCAUCGACCGCCACUACGUUGAUGAUUACUUUGACAGCGUCGACACAAUUGAUGAAGCAGUAGAGCGAGCAAAGCAGGUGAGUUACAUCCAUAAACAAGCUGGAUUCGAUAUUCGCAAUUGGGUGUCUAAUUCGCCGCUUUCGGCUUUGGGAGAAGAGAAAUCGAUGGGGCCCGUUCUGUUUAACCAAGAUAAACAAAUGUAUGGUGAGCGUGUACUAGGAGUGGUUUGGGAUCCUACACAAGACAUGUUUGCGUUUACUGUACAACAUCGUGAUGAAGUUCGAGCCUAUUUGUACGAUGGUAAGCGCCCGACAAAGCGUAUCGUUUUGAGCUGUGUUAUGGGAUUUUUCGAUCCACUGGGUUUGCUAUUUCUUUUUACGAUCCAUGGUAAAAUAAUCGUUCAACAUUUAUGGCGAACCGGAUGUGAAUGGGAUCAACUGAUCGAUGAGAACUGUUGGGCUAAAUGGAAGCAAUGGACAGAAUUACUUCCGGAGGUAGAGUCGUUACGCAUACCACGAUGCUAUCUAGGUGAAGCUGUAUCGUCGUCCAUUGACUCUUUGGAACUGCACAUUUUUACGGAUGCGAGUGAGCAUGCUUACGGUUGUGUCGCAUAUCUUCGUGCGUCGAAGAAUGGAAUCGUACACUGUAGUCUGGUAAUGUCACGAGCAAAGGUAGCUCCACUCAAAAGACAAUCUAUUCCUCGAUUAGAAUUGAUGGCCGCAGUUCUCGGCGCACAUUCACGAACGGUUCUCUCGUGGCUGUGUUCGGACACGUACAGAUAUAAGCAGUUCGUGGCAUUUCGAGUAGGAGAAAUUCUUGAAUUGACGGGGAUGACGGCUUGGCGCUGGGUCCCAACAAAACAAAACGUUGCGGACGUACUCACAAAGUGGGGACGAGGUCCUCCGUUGCAGAACGAUGCUGAAUGGAGAAAUGGUCCCAGUUUUCUGUAUAAAUCACACGACCAAUGGCCAUCAAUGGAAAAUACUGUCGAGACGGACGAAGAAUCAAGAGGAGUAAUGCUAUUCCAUGCUGUUGUUAAGGCUGAAGCAUUUUCUCAUUGGACUAAGCUAGUCAGAGUGACGGCAACAGUGGUGCGUUUUAUUUCUAACUGCCGGCGCAAGUUGGCUGGACAGUCGAUUGUUACAUCGAAAGCGACGAAAAAUCAGCUACGUUUCAUUAAAAAGGAAAACAAUAACGUUCAGAGACCCCUCCAGCAGGACGAAAUGUACAAAGCCGAAACCAUUUUAUGGAAGCAGGCGCAGUUUGACAGUUUUCCUGACGAGAUGAGUACGAUGACGGAAAAUCUACAGCGGAAGCCGGAUCGGCCAAUGAAGAAAAUUGAACGAUCUAGUUGUUUGUACAAAUUGUCGCCGGUGAUGGACGUAGAAGGUGUACUGAGAGUGCGAGGCAGGCUAGAGAAGAACGAAACAAUCCCGUUCGACAAAAGAUACCCGAUUAUUCUAUCCCGGAAGCAUGAAAUCACAAGAAAGUUGAUUAUGCAUCUUCAUGAAAAGUAUGGUCAUGCAAACCGCGAAACUGUCUUCAACGAGUUGAGGCAGAAAUUCUGGAUACCAAAUGCUCGCGCUGCUAUUCAGCAAGUUACGAAAGAAUGUGUGUGGUGCAAGGUUAAUCGAUGUUUGCCUUCCGUACCAAUGAUGGCUCCGUUACCAGUUCAAAGAAUUACGUCUCAUUUGCGGCCAUUCAGUUCAGUCGGCGUUGAUUACUUGGGUCCGGUCGAGGUCUCGGUAGGACGUAGGAAAGAGAAAAGAUGGAUCGCCGUCUUUACGUGUAUGGCUGUUAGAGCUGUACAUCUCGAGAUUGUACACACUUUAACGACGCAAUCUUGUUUAAUGGCCAUCCGUAGAUUCGCGUGCAAGCGAGGAGCUCCGGAACAAAUAUUUUCGGAUAAUGCAACGUGUUUUCGUGGAGCAGAUGCCGUGAUGGAGAAGACGAAAAAGAAAAUCCACAGUGAAUGCGCAGAAAAAGUCUCGUCAGCGGUGACGGCAUGGCACUUUAAUCCUCCAGGAACGCCGCAUAUGGGCGGCGUAUGGGAACGCAUGGUACGAUCCGUUAAGGAAGCAAUGCGUGCGUUGGACGACGGGCGGAAAUUGACAGACGAAAUCCUCGCCACUACGCUGGCCGAAGCUGAAGAUAUUAUUAAUACGCGGCCACUGACUUAUAUUCCACAACAAUCAGCCGAGGAAGAAGCUAUUACUCCAAACCAUUUUCUGCGCGGAACCGUAACCAAUACGGAUAAGAAGAUGGAUGAUUCUGUUGAUUUUGCUGAUGCUCUGCGAGAUGUUUACAAACGAUCGCGGUACUUGGCUGAUAAAAUGUGGGACCGGUGGUCGAAGGAAUACUUGCCGUCACUAACUCAUCGCUCUAAAUGGAUGGAGGAUCAAAAGCCAAUAAAGACUGGAGAUCUAGUGUUCGUGAUAGACGGAAAGAAUAGGAGAAACUGGGUACGUGGACGAGUACAAGAAGUAAUAGAAGGAGCUGAUGGAAGAAUCCGUCAAGCAAAUGUAAAGACUGCAGAUGGAAAAGUGCAUCGACGUGCUGUGGCUAAUUUGGCGGUGUUAGAUGUUCAGGAUGGUAAAUCUGGUAUUUCCGGAGAACCUACCGGAUGUUACGGGCUGGGGAUUGUUCACACCGCUGGGCAGUCACCGUCGAACAAAAAGGAUGUCGGCGAAAUCACCGAACCCCUUUUCAAGUGA